CUCUUUUUUGACGAACAAUUUAAAAUGGUUUAAACUUGGUGAGCAUUGGGACUUUUUGUUUGAUCACACUCAAAAUUCUCAUUCUCUUCCUUGACGCACAAAACUUUCUAGCAACUUUCAUGGCGUGGUCUGCUCUGAGGUGGUGAAGUUGGGUGGAAGUUAGGUAAAGAAAGGAAGGAUCAGGUGGCUUGUAUGUAUGGGUGUCGUGGGCAUUGUGGCAAAAAUCACUUUGACCACUCCACCCACCUGAGGCUUAUCAGAGUGCCAUCCUCCAUUGCGUGCCGACUCCUAAAAGCCCAUUAAUCAUUUUGAUAUUAGUCAUUUUCUUCUCUUCCUUUUAUGCGUGUAAGAGGGGCUUGACUGAACUGAACUGAGGUGGGCGGUGGACCCACUUCAAAGUUGAUGCUAAUCUUCAAUUUGCAGGUUUCUGCAUGUUUUGACACUUCUCAGUAUGAUUCAUAAAAUAUUGGUCCAUUAUCGACCCAACCCAUGUCGUUUUUUCUUCCAUUUUCGGAGAUCUUUGAUUCAUUUUUACCGAAAAUUCAAGGAUUAGGAGAUAUGGGUCCCCCUGCUUAUUGCCAUAUCUUUGAUGGGUUCCCAUUAGUUCAAUCUAACACAACAUGUUUCCUAGAUUUUAUUCCUCUUUUCAUAUCCAAUAAUCCAAUUCUUUAGCUGACAGCUGCCUCCCACCGUCCGUACAAAUUGGUUCUCCUCCAGUGGUAGAAAGGGUGGGGCAAGUUCACUGUAUCUGGAUGCCAUACCAUUUAAGAAGCAGCUUGGGUGUUUGUUAUUUGUUGUGAAUGGCGCUCUAACUUCUAAGCGUACCAUUAAAGCCUGUCAGUCAUCGUGUUUUACACAUGUCCCUCUUUUGAAAACAGGCCCACUUAACAACUCCAUGAAUUUCGCAGAAAAAAAUUACUCCACCUUCCUCUGGGCGGAAGAGAGAAAAUUACUCUCUCUUUUUUCUUAUAUUUAUGGUUGCGAUCACCAUUCUUUUGUUUGCAAUUGGUAUAUCAUUUUGUCUGCUUUUGCUUUGAUGCCCAACUCGAUUAACCCAUUUGUGAAUUCACUCAGUCCAAUGCUUCUCUUCUUCAUAUCUUGUUUCUCUUUCAUUCUCCUAUCCAAUUCACCUCUCAGGCCACUCCUCCCAUGGGAGAGUGAGACGAGAUGUUUGUCACCUUGGUUUUGGAGAGAAUUAUGGAGUUUUCUUGUGUCAUAUAUCCGGAAAGGUAAAUUAGGCAUCAUUAGUUUCUUACAAGUUCCUUUCGUCUUCCCAUUGAAGAUGACUAUUAGCUCAAAAGUAGUGAAUGCGGAGGAGGAAGAGGAUGUUUCUCUUCUGGACUUGCCUGAACUGGCCUUGGAAUGCAUUCUUCAGCGGCUUUCUCCAUCAGGGUUAUGUAGUAUGGCAAGGGUGUGUACUUCGUUAAGGGAUAGGUGUAGAAGUGACCACCUAUGGGAAAAACACAUGAAGCAAAAAUGGGGUAGAGUGAUCGGUCCAGCUGCUUAUCGAGAAUGGCAAUGGCAUAUCGCCUCAAGAAAGAGACCAAGCCUCUUGAAAAAAUGCAAUAAAAGAGGGUUGUUCAGGUCUCUUUUUAGUGUAUGCCCUCUUUCUUGGAUUAGACCAAAAUUAGAAAGUAGUGGUGAGCCCAGGUGUUCAUUAUCUGUUGAUUCAAUCAAGGCUUGGUAUCUCUCCCUAGAGAGUGGCAAGCUUUGGUUCCCAGCUCAGGUCUAUAACCGUGAGAACGGGCAUCUUGGUUUUGUGAUGUCAUGUUAUGAUGCCCUUCUGAGCUAUGAUUCCCGCACAGACACCUUUCGAGCAAGGUACUCACCCCAAGGGCCGCAGACAAUAGAGGAAAAUAUACCAUGGCACAGGCUAAGGGCACCCCCAAUUGAUGUUCCUCCUCAUGUUCUUCAUGUCUCUGACUGUUUAAAUGAUUUAAAACCAGGGGAUCAUAUUGAGAUUCAAUGGAGGAAAAACAAAGAGUUGCCUUACGGUUGGUGGUAUGGCAUCAUUAGUCACUUGGAAACAUGUAAUGGGAAUGAGAAUCACUGCUGCUGUCACAAUAAUGACAUGCUGAUUCUGGAGUUCAACCAGUAUUCCCCUGGCUCACAAUGGAGACAAGUAGUGAUAAAUAGGAAGAAUCAUCAAGAAGAAGGCAAUGGAGCAGAUGGCUUUUAUGGAGGAAUCAGAAAGAUCUGUAACAAAGAAGAAAUCUCAAUAUGGAAGAGCUUCUGGCCAACCCAAGUCUUGCAAUAAUAGCAUGUUCCCUUCCAGUUCUACACGCGAUUGCCCUGGAAACAAGCUCUUUUCUUCUUGACAUGUGACCAUGAAAAAAAAGAAAGGAAAGAAAAAAUCUAAAGUCAUACAAUCAGUGCUAUGGAAAUAAGCUUAGGAUUCAGUUUUGUGGUCAACUUGAAGAGCUCUUUAAUACAUGAAAAUAGUGUACCAUAAAUACUACAGUAUGUAAUUUUGUAGUGAAUGUUACUUGUAUAAUUGGAGGAAAAGAAAACCAACUGUUUUGCUGCUUUUUGUGCUUCACAUUACUCCAGAAUAUCAUGUCUCAAUUUUUGGCUGUUU